AGACUAUUAUGGCAUCCUCCGCUAGAUGUAGAUUAGAACAAGCGAGUGUUAAAAGGCAGAUUCCCUGUUCUCCGGCUCCUGGCCUCUGUGAAGCAUCGACAUCUCUCUCCUCUCUUUUCUCGGGCCUCUGUGAAGCAUCGAUGCCGAUUCAACCUGAGACACCAAUUCACCGGUCGCUCGGUAACUUUGUCGGAUCGCCAAUGUCAAGCAUUGACGCCAAUUCAACCCGAGACACCAAUUCGCCGAUCGCUCGGUCUAAGUAUGAGCUUCAAGAACUUUUAAAGCUUAGCUUGCGGAUUUCAUCGCAAUCAAAGAAGCAAUAUCUUCAGGCAGAUGGUUUUCAAAGUUCAAGUUCAAUACAGAAAUCUGAAGGGCUGGUGGAAUUCAUUGGAAUCUUGUGGAUUAAAGUAACUAAAGGAACAAAGUUAGCUGUUAGAGACAUGCUCUCUAGGGAAGCAGAAAGCACAAACUACAUUGAUGAAGAUCACUACAUUGAUGAAGAUCAAUUUAAAUCCAAUUUGGAAUGAAGAUCUUAUGCUUUUAGUUCCUCAAGAAUAUGGACCAUUAAAGCUGGCUAGGCCGCUUUAUAGAGAUUGUUAUUUGUUGAUGUUAAUGUUGUCAACACUUUGUGGGUAAACCAGCCUAGUGGUGGUCUUUGAAACAGGGGCAUAAAUUAUAUUUCUGGAUGUCAUCAACUUCAUCUUCUACCAUGAUGAGAGAAUCAAUCGAGUGGAGUGAGACCACCAUUACCCGUGUUGCUCCUGAAUUGCAGUUUCCCAACUGCCAAGACUAUGUCUGUUUUGUUUUUUUUGUUAGAACAAAUUCUAAGCUUUAAACCAAGUGUGAUAAAGUGCACUAUUUAGUUAUUAUAUUUAUGAAUCUUAUUAUUUAUUAUAUAGGUUGGGGACUUGGGGUGUCUUAUUCAAUCAGUCAUAUACUUUAUUUCUUCUUGUUGAAUCAUGUUUCAUUUUGUUGUUUCUUGUAGCACCGUGUUGUUUAUUCUUGAAUUUCAUUUUUCUUAUUUAUUUAUAUUUC